AUGCAGCGCCGGCACACGACACUGAGGGAAAAGGGCCGCCGCCAGGCCAUCAGGGGUCCUGCCUACAUGUUUAACGAGAAGGGCACGAGCCUGACGCCGGAGGAGGAGCGCUUCCUGGACUCAGCCGAGUAUGGCAACAUCCCGGUGGUCAGGAAAAUGCUGGAGGAGUCCAAGACCCUCAACUUCAACUGCGUGGACUACAUGGGGCAGAACGCGCUGCAGCUGGCUGUGGGCAACGAGCACCUGGAGGUCACGGAGCUGCUGCUCAAGAAGGAGAACCUGGCGCGGGUGGGGGACGCGCUGCUGCUGGCCAUCAGCAAGGGCUACGUGCGCAUCGUGGAGGCCAUCCUCAACCACCCCGCCUUCGCGCAGGGCCAGCGCCUGACGCUCAGCCCGCUGGAGCAGGAGCUGCGAGACGACGACUUCUACGCUUACGACGAGGACGGCACGCGCUUUUCCCACGACAUCACACCUAUCAUCCUGGCGGCUCAUUGCCAGGAGUACGAGAUCGUGCACAUUCUCCUGCUCAAGGGCGCCCGCAUCGAGCGGCCCCACGACUACUUCUGCAAGUGCAAUGAGUGCACGGAGAAGCAGCGGAAGGACUCCUUCAGCCACUCGCGCUCUCGCAUGAACGCCUACAAGGGACUGGCAAGUGCUGCGUACUUGUCCCUGUCCAGCGAAGACCCAGUCCUCACCGCCCUGGAGCUCAGCAACGAGCUAGCCAGACUGGCCAACAUUGAAACGGAAUUCAAGAACGAUUACAGGAAGUUAUCUAUGCAAUGCAAGGAUUUUGUGGUGGGCGUGCUGGACCUAUGCCGAGACACAGAAGAGGUGGAAGCGAUUUUAAAUGGUGAUGUGAACUUCCAAGUCUGGUCCGACCACCACCGUCCGAGUCUGAGCCGGAUCAAACUCGCCAUUAAGUACGAAGUCAAGAAGUUCGUUGCUCAUCCUAACUGUCAACAGCAAUUGCUUACCAUGUGGUAUGAAAAUCUCUCAGGCUUACGUCAACAGUCUAUCGCUGUGAAAUUCCUGGCUGUCUUUGGAGUCUCCCUAGGCCUCCCUUUUCUCGCCAUAGCCUAUUGGAUUGCUCCGUGCAGCAAGCUAGGACGAACACUGAGGAGCCCUUUCAUGAAAUUUGUAGCCCAUGCAGUUUCUUUCACAAUCUUCUUGGGAUUGUUAGUUGUGAACGCAUCAGACCGCUUUGAAGGCGUGAAAACCCUGCCCAACGAAACCUUCACAGACUACCCAAAACAGAUCUUCAGAGUGAAAACUACACAAUUCUCCUGGACAGAAAUGCUCAUCAUGAAGUGGGUCCUGGGAAUGAUCUGGUCCGAAUGCAAGGAAAUCUGGGAGGAGGGGCCGCGGGAGUACGUGCUACACCUGUGGAACCUCUUGGAUUUCGGGAUGCUGUCCAUCUUCGUGGCCUCCUUCACCGCGAGGUUCAUGGCGUUCCUGAAGGCCAGUGAGGCCCAGUUGUACGUGGACCAGCACGUGCAGGACGACACGCUCCACAACGUCUCACUUCCGCCGGAAGUGGCCUACUUCACCUACGCCAGGGACAAGUGGUGGCCUUCAGACCCUCAGAUCAUAUCAGAAGGGCUAUACGCAAUAGCUGUCGUGCUGAGCUUCUCUCGAAUCGCAUACAUCCUGCCAGCCAACGAGAGUUUUGGGCCUCUGCAGAUCUCCCUGGGGAGAACCGUGAAAGAUAUCUUCAAGUUCAUGGUCAUUUUCAUCAUGGUAUUUGUGGCCUUCAUGAUUGGGAUGUUCAAUCUGUACUCCUACUACCGAGGUGCAAAGUACAACCCAGCGUUUACAACGGUUGAAGAAAGCUUCAAAACCUUAUUUUGGUCCAUCUUUGGCUUGUCGGAAGUGAUCUCGGUGGUGCUGAAAUAUGACCACAAAUUCAUCGAGAACAUCGGCUAUGUUCUCUACGGCGUUUAUAACGUCACCAUGGUGGUCGUGCUGCUCAAUAUGCUAAUAGCCAUGAUCAACAACUCGUAUCAGGAAAUUGAGGAGGAUGCAGACGUGGAGUGGAAGUUUGCCCGAGCAAAGCUCUGGCUGUCUUAUUUUGAUGAAGGAAGAACUCUACCUGCUCCUUUUAAUCUAGUGCCAAGUCCUAAAUCAUUUUAUUAUCUCAUAAUGAGAAUCAAGAUGUGCCUCAUAAAACUCUGCAAAUCUAAGGCCAAAAGCUGUGAAAAUGACCUUGAAAUGGGCAUGCUGAAUUCUAAAUUCAGGAAGACUCGAUACCAGGCUGGCAUGAGGAAUUCUGAAAAGCUGACAGCAAAUAACACUUACAGCAAGCCCACCAGAUACCAGAAAAUCAUGAAACGGCUCAUUAAAAGAUAUGUCCUGAAGGCCCAGGUGGACAGAGAAAAUGAUGAAGUCAAUGAAGGCGAACUGAAGGAAAUCAAGCAAGAUAUCUCCAGCCUGCGCUACGAGCUCCUUGAAGAGAAAUCUCAAGCUACCGGAGAGCUGGCCGACCUCAUCCAACAACUCAGUGAGAAGUUUGGGAAGAACUUAAACAAAGACCACCUGCGGGUGAACAAGGGCAAAGACAUUUAG